ACAAUUUUCAAGAAGUCGGGCCCCUCCCAAAUGAGCCACCCUUCCCCAACUCCGUUCUUCGGGGCAACUGGCCAGCCACGCGCUCUCUGGUCCCACCCACGUGGACCUUUGCCAAGGGCAGGGCUGGGUGAGCCUGGUGCGAUGUGGAUGAGCUAAACUGGGGAAUUUUGUGUGUUUUUUUAAUCCAAGGAGGGGGCGAAGAGAGGAAACUUCAGGAGCAACAAGAGCAGCAGGAAGCUGCCUCCGUCCUAGACCCUCCAUCAGCACCUCCAGCUUCCAGCUGCCAAGAUGAGUUUCCUUCUCUUCGCAGUCACUGCCCUCCACGUCCUCAUUCUCAUCUUACUCUUCGUCGCCACGUUGGACAAGUCUUGGUGGGUCCUGCCCGACAAGGAAACCGUGAACAUCUGGUAUGAGUGCACACUUAAUAACCACACCAACACCUGGGCCUGCAAAACAGUCGCUGACAGUGCAUGGCUUCAAGCAGUCCAAGCCUUCAUGGUUUUAAGUCUUCUCUUCUCCAGCUUAGCCUUCAUUAUCUUCAUGUGCCAACUCUACACCAUGAAGCGGGGAAGCCUGUUCUACGCCACUGGGAUCUUCCAGAUACUUACAUCUAUCUCCGUGUUCACAGCUGCCGUGAUCUACACCACCCACGUGGAACAGUUCCAGGGUCGCCGACCACCGGGUGGGUCUUUUGGUUACUGUUUUGUGCUGGCGUGGCUGUCCUUUCCUUUGGCUCUCAUCAGUGGAAUCAUUUACAUCCACCUUCGGAAAAAGGAGUGACCAUCAACUGGAUGAUCUCUUCCAUUUGCCUUGGAAGGAGCCCUGUUCUCCUCUGAAUUUAGCUAUGUAUUAACUCUUUGCAGUUUUCAAAGGCAGUUAUAGUACAAAAUCCUAUGCGAUACAUGGAUUGGUCCACUGGGGUUCUGCAUUGUGAGUGUAUCACCCCUUGUUUGCAUGUUAUCAGGUACUUCCACAUAAUACAGCAAGUUUAAGGGGUGUCAUCUUGCAUUUGGCAUUUCCCAGGGCUCUAAUAUUUUUCAGAUUUGGCAAAAAUGGAAAUACACAUUAAAACUCAAACUUGCAAACAUUUCUAGCAUUCUUUUUUCCUUUUAAUCCCCAUUUUUAAAAAUGGAGGGUUGAAUAUGUUUCUUGUGGGUUUUUUAAAAUAAAUAAAAAAAUCAGUGUUCUUUCCACAUUUGCAGCUUGGAAGCUAAAAUAUCAAACAUUGGGGUGGGACCCUAAUAAAUUCAUUGAAAGAACUGAAACCACAAAAAUCGUAGAAAGUAGGACUCAAUCACGUUGUCCAUACAGAACUGUUUGUCAUGAAUUGAAAAAUCUGCAACUCUCUCUUGUUUCUUAACUGCUGGGACAUUAUGCACAGAGCCUGAUGAUAGCAGAGUUUGAAAUAGGUCAUUGAGAUCACCACGAAAAAUGAAUUUCAUCUUCUGAAUUUCAACCAUGAAACAUAAGGGCAUUUUUGCAUGUGAUGUUAAAUCAUGUAUUUUUAGGUUUUCACCUAAGACAUUUUAAGCGACAGCCUAAAAAUGCGAGGUGUGAUUUGGACAAAACCAUUUGCUAAUACUUGCAAAAUACCUGUCCACUGUUCAGGGAGUCACAAGUGAUUAUAACUCCCCCUUGAGUCAACCUUCAGUAACAAACCCCCAUUUUUCUGCAGAAUGUGUUAAAAUGACCCUGGUGAGAACUCAGAUAGCAUCACUUUCCUCUUCCCCUCCAGCCAGUAACUACCAGUCUGAGGUUAUACUCUGUACUUUCCCCCAAAACAGCAUAGGGUGGGCGAUCUAAGCUAAUCAUAUCCACCAUACUUCUAAAGCUGGGAGGAUUAAUCCUGCCUUCUUGCCCCAUAGCAAUUACGCACAAAAUAUUUGGAAAACAUGGGAAAGAUUUUGCUUCUCCAGUAGCCUUACCAAGCAGCCUGCUUGCAAGUUAUUAAAAACGGGUUCCUUCCAAUGCUAUUUCUGUAACAGUAUUAUAUAUGUGCUGGCUCCCCCAAAGUCCCCUUUCACCUUCUUGACCUGGCCUUUUAAUAUUUUAUACGCAUUUUAAGAAUAAAAGAAAACCUAAUAAACAAAAUUCAGCAGA